AUAGAAACAAACCACUACCGUACAUGUACCACAUGGGCAGUUUUGCUUCGCAAGAAGAAGUACGGUAAAUGAUAGGUAUAUUAUGAAGCAGCUGAAUCUGUAAGAGCGAAGGCAGAUUGUCCGGAGGCCCUUGUCAAGGGGUCCAAUAACACAAUACGGUUUGGUCCACAUAUGCUCCAGGUUCUACCUACGUCAAACACCCCACUGUUGUUACUAUGUGGUAGAGGCCAUUGUCGCUUCAGUUGUCAGCAGUGCCGUUUCUCCUACUAAGCUUCUAUCUCAAGCUUCAAGAGUCGACAGGACAGUACGGAUUGAAACGGACGAUUGCAAUGGCAGACCUCAAUCUACAGGAAAUCCAUGACACCCUCAUAUCGGUGGCUCAUGAGGCUGGCCGAAUGAUGUUGGAGGCGAAUCCCACCGAUCUCGACAAGGGGACGAAGCUUAACUCCGUUGAUAUCGUGACCGAAGCCGACAAAGCAGUAGAAGCAUUGGUGUCUUCACGCCUAUCAUCCGCCUACCCAACGUUUGCCUUCGUAGGCGAGGAAACAUACAAGCCGGGAGUGCAAAUCACAGCGGCCCCGACCUUCAUCGUAGACCCCAUCGACGGUACCACGAAUUUCGUACACGGAUUCCCAAGCGCCUGCAUCUCACUUGGCCUUGCUGUCGACCGUAUACCCGCUGUUGGUGUCGUGUAUAACCCCUGGCGAGACGAAUUGUAUACUGCGAUCCGUGGGAAAGGUGCGUUCUUGACCGUCGGUGCGAAUUGGGGGGUAGAAGGCGGCAAAGGACGCAAGAGUAAGCUGCCAUUAUCGAAGAACCCGAUCCCACUUGGUACGUUGGACCAGAGUCUCGUCAGCAUCGAGUGGGGAAGCCAGCGCGACGGCGUAAAUUACGAGGUCAAGACCGAAGUGUUCAAGAAGCUGUGUGCAGUCAAGGAGAAUGGAGGCGCAAUGGUGCACUCUUUGCGUAGUCUGGGGAGCGCCGCGCUCAACAUCUGCGCUGUGGCCGCAGGUCAACUCGACGUGUACUGGGAAGGUGGUUGUUGGGCUUGGGAUGUCUGCGCCGGUUGGUGCAUUCUUUCAGAAGCCGGUGGUAUUGUCGCCAGUGGGAAUCCCGGUGACUGGGAGCCUGAGCUUGACUCCCGCAAAUACCUUGCUGUUAGAGGAGCACCCAGCGGGCAAAAGGAACUCAUUGAGGAGUUUUGGGGCGUUAUAGGGGAUCGCAGAAUGGAGUAUGAGACUUGAAGAGCAUCUGGAACAGCAUCGCUUGCGAGUGACACAUGUGAAAGAAGCUGAGACAGGGUCAGAAGCAUUCGCAAGUCCCGGAUUAGGUAAGAGACGAGAAUAGAUACAUAGAUCGGAUUCCUCGACAUUGUACCCGGCAAGAAAGCUGGAAUGCAAACGCUGCGGAAGGUAAUCAAAAUCUUCAGUUCACGUUUUCGGCAAUUACCCCAUCAAUAUAAAUUUAUAUAUUACAGGCUCUACUAUCUUUGCCAAUUCUGGUUAUAAUGUCGAGGUAAUCUUGAUGAUGGCGUCCUGUGCCAUUACAGAGACAUUCCAUCGGGUUGCUACGCAGCCCGGUUCUGCGGCUAAGACAUGGGAUAGGGAGGAAUUAAUUAAAUGCCGUGCAAUAGGAACUAGAAUCGCAACAGGGGCCAAUCUGCAAGGUCAAGCCCAUCCUAUAUUUUCUAACUGGGUCGGCCUCACAUCAGAAAUACAGAAAGACCUUGAGCAACCUAUUCUACUGGCAAGUAGAAUUCUCGAAGCAUGUGGUCUCCCCUGGUUGUCCGAUUUUCUAACCGACGACAUAUUCGACGAGAACUACCCAGGAAAAGAG